AUGGCUACAUCGAAGGCAGCAGAUUCGCCCGGCAAUGACUACUUCCCCAACACCCCUCUAAUGCGGAAGCCGGCUAUGUCAUUUCUCUACAGAUUAGAAUGUGACAUUGCUGAGGAAGAAAUUGAUAUUGGCGCUCCUCAUGGAACGGGCUCAAUCCGUAGCGUCGCAAACAUUACAGGUGGAACAAUCAAAGGGCCUGGAAUUGAAGCUUCCGUCUUACCUCUCGGGGGCGCUGAUUGGGCUACUGUCAUUCAGGGCACACAUUCUAUGACUUUAGACGCCCGCUACACUGCGAAAACAGACGAUGGGAAAUAUCUCUACAUCCGCGCCCACGGCUUGUAUCGCCCGGGUCCUGGAACAGACUACGCAAAGCAAGUAGCGGAAAAUCCUGCCAUUCGGCCCAAGCAUACCGUUACGCAGGACGACGUCGAAUUCUUCUCUCACUUACGCAUCGAGACCGGACCGGGAAAGUAUAAUUAUCUGAAUGGGUUGGUCUGUAUUGGCGUCAUGACCUGCGUGGGGACCAAGAUUGUUAUUGAUGCGUAUUAUUUGACAAAUUUUGAAGGAGUGAAGCCGGAGGAUGUGAUGGUCCGUUGA